AGGAAAGAUGCACAGACGCAUGCGCGUGCCAAGACGCGCGAGAGACGUCACACGCAACAAACGCAGAUGCGUAGCGAUGUUUGUUAGAAUUUGUUUAUCGGGAUUUUCAUUAUCAAAUGCCAUGACGCGCGAGAUCGAUGGAUUGUACGUGCAAGUUCCGAUGCAUUGCGCUCGGCUUUUCGCGAAUAAGAGAUAAGAGAAGAAAAGAAACAAAACGAGAAAGUAUGGAACGUAUCCGAAGCGAGCAAUUUUUUCGAACCGCAAUUCCUUGUCGCGCGAAAUUACAAUGAGAAGGGCAGACGUUUGUGCAAGCGGCUUGCUUUAUGCGAGAAUUUCGACAAGCUUCGAGACCGCGUCUGUCACUUCGUUUCCGCGUACACAGACGAGAUUGCUGCAAAUUUGGUCGGGGAUCGAAAAAUCUUCCUACGUCCCUAUCGUCAUACGUAUCUAUCGAACGACGUAAGCAGGAGAAAAAUAUCCUUAUUACGCAUCACACCUUUCAUACACAUAUAUUCAUACAUACAUAUGUAUCUCAGGUAUGUACACUAGCACAGAUGUAUUCUAUGUGCUGCUUUUAUAUAUUUUAUGCUAUAUUUCUUCACUACAUUCUAUGUCGCUGUUGUAUCGUCGCGUAGAACCGUGCAGAUGAUGAGUCAUUAUCCCACAUUAGACGGAGAAACAUUCGACGGGUAAUCGAGGACAAUUAGUCUCUUUGAAUCCUCAUCACUAUCUGCUGAUAAAUGAUAUGAAAGAAUCUAUGAAAAUUGAGAAAAGUUCGGAUUGAAUUUCCUCGAAUCCGAGUAAACCGCGGAUCUCCAACAUUGCGCGAAUUGAUUUGUCGGAAGGUAUUUAGAAGUGCAAGGAUUCUUGAAAUUAAAGAUCUGUAAUCAAUAAAAAUUUCUCUUUGUUUUAAGCUCGCGUGUCUCCCUCUCUCUCUCUCUUUCUCUCUAUUUCUUCCCCUUUUUCGAGAAAGAAGACAAGUGAACGUAUAAUUCUUAUAUGAUCAAGAGAAAUGAUGAUCGUUAAUGAUUAACGAACGAUAUCAAUCUAUACCGAUAUAUACCUUUCUCUGCCAUCCUGAGAAACAGGAACUAAUUAUAAUGUAUCUGUCUGUGAGAUAAGAGAAAAAGCGCGCGUUCUCGGCUGCAGGCGGAAGCUAUUUUCCCCGUAAGAUAAACGCUAUGUCUGAUCAUUUUGCGAGCAGCGCGUCGAUAGUUCUGGCGAAUUGCAAAGAGAACACCUUCGAAUUUUAAUCGAAGGAAGAAAGAAAAGGAGGAAGAGCGUGCGCACGCGAGAGAGAGAGAGAGAGAGAGAGAGAGAUUUCGACCGUGAAUCUCGAUCGACUACGAGUAGCGUCAGACGCACGCGACUCUAGGGGUUGUAGCAAAGUCGACUUCGAGUCGUCACUCCAUUGUGUUUUCAAUUAUAACUACGUCAUAGAGAUGUAGAUCGGCGGAUCGGCGUUUUUGCCUGUCCGUCCCCGUGUCGUAAACAAUCUCCGGUGGGACUCUGCGAGUCCGUUCCGGAGCCGACUAUCGCCACGAGUCGACUAUAACCACAAGCAUCCUGAUGCGACGGAACGACGGAUAUUGCGGUUAACGCGAGCCUUUACAAACUGACCAUUCUCGACGACGGACUAUGAAGCGCGAUAAAAAUCAAACUUGAUAAUAAACUGAUAAGCCGGCCAGUAGAGUAGGAGCAGCUCUCUGAUAAUCACGCGGUGACACCUCUGAGGCGAACGUUUUAAAAUCCGUCGUUUUCGAGUCCUUUCGUUAGUCGUAUUUCGGGGGCAGAUCGCUGAACCUCACGUUGAGUACUCUCUGCGUAUCUAUCGGCUUUUUCGGCGAAGGAAGCGCGAAAGAAGACGCGCUCCAUUCUCGGCGAACCUCUCGACCGGGUGCUCGGCAGAUCUCCCUCCUCGGCGACAUGGAACCCUCGACGAGCAACGGCACCGAAGUCAAGAAGGAGAAUGACGAAGACAGCAUACUCGUGAACACAGGUGAAACGUCACCUUCUCGCAAGCGGAGGUCUAAUUCGGUGAUAGAUUCCGUCGGCAGCGGCGUCGCCGCCGCCGUCAUCGCCGCCGCUGGUGAAUCCUUCUUCGCGUAUCCCGUGGACGAUGCCGUUUUGCAGAACAAUUCUCCAUCCGCCUCAUCGGAUACGUCGCUGUCCGAGAGUCAAAGUAUCGUCACUACGGAUUCCGCGAAGGUCCAGUCGGAAUUGGUCAAAAGAGUGGCUGACAAAGUCGACGCUCACGUGAAGAUCAUCGAUGAUGCGGAGAACAAUAGCGAAUGUGCGACUUUUACCGCGCUCAUGCCGGUGGAGAAAGACGCGGCCUGCUACAAUAUGAAUCAUAAAUAUCGCGGUAAGUGUGUGAUCUUCAAUCACGAGGAAUUCGAGAUUGCCGGCUUCGACAAGCGGGAAGGCUCGACUAAGGACGCAACGAAAUUGCAAAAGACCUUCAGCAGUCUCGGCUUCGACACCAAGACCUACGAUAACCUUAGCCACAAGGAAGUCACCGACGUGUUGGAGGAUCUAAGCAGCAACACGGAUCACACAGACAACGAUUGCAUCUGCGUCAUCGUAUUGACGCAUGGGCUGCAGAACGAUCUCAUAUCCGCGAAGGACGUUAUCUACAAAACCGACAUGAUCUGGAAGCCGUUCACCGCUGAUAAGUGCCCGAGCUUAGCGGGCAAGCCGAAGCUGUUCUUCAUCCAGGCUUGCAGGGGCGAAGCGGUUGAGAACUCCGUCGUGCUGACCCCGCACAGCACGGUGUCAUCGACUGACAGUGUGUCGUCGUACAAGAUUCCAACUCACGCGGACAUUCUAAUAGCUCAUAGCUCGGCUCAAGGUUUCUACACCUGGAGGGAUCCUCAGCACGGCACGUGGUACGUCGGCUGCUUGUGCGAAAUCUUGGACAAGCAUGGCACCGAGCUGGAUUUACUGACCAUGCUGACGAUGACGUCCCGAAAGGUCGCCACAGACUAUUCGUCGUAUAAUCCGCAGGAUCCGACCAGGCAUGCGAAGAAGCAAGUGCCGUCGUUCACGUCGUUGCUGCUCAGGGCGGUUUACUUCCCUUUGAAGACGAACGUGUAGAUACAGUGUCGCCGGACGGUCGCAUUGAAAUGAUGUGAAUGAUUUCAUGAUUGUGACUCGCUUCGCGACUUGACGAACGAGCAUGAGCGAGUCCUCGCUCGAUACGGCAGUUUCCUACACUCGCUCUUCAUGUCGAAUCGCUAGAAAUUCUUUAAGAAUAUGUCGAAGAGAAGCGCGAGAGUCUGUUAAUAGAACUUAAUUAAUUGUACUUAUUGUGAAAAACGCGCGAAAAAACACACGGAUGAGUCAGAGACCUGAGAAGAACUUCCGGAAAGUUUCUCCGCUUUGAAAGUGUCGAUACGUUCAUUUGUUUAAAAAAUUGAACAGUUGGGGCAUACAGAAAAAAAUAAGACGUAAGCGGUGGGAAAGUUGACCAACCACAAUCGAUUAGUUCGAAUCUGCAGUGGAUGUAGUAAACCUUGAGCCUUUUUUUGCUCUAAGCAAUAAAGUGUAACGUAAUUUCUGACAAAAGACGUUUCUCUCGUCGCUAAAAAUCAUAAGAACGCUUAAAUCUUAGAACGUUACGACGUCUAGUAGCGUUGAAAACAUUUUUUACUAGAAAUUACGUUACAUUUUAUCGCUUAGAGCAAAAAGCUAAAAGCUUGCUAUACCUACUGCAGAUACGAAAUUAUUCUCUUUGCCGUCGAAAAAUAAUCUGAUUCAUUUUCUUACUGCUUACGUUUUUACUAUUUAUGCUAUUCUGCGUGUUCCAUGAUCCUUAUUCUGAUUACGUUGCGCUAUUUCUCUGUAAAUGGAAAUACGCGUAUAUCGUUACAUACAUUUACACAUAGUUUAUUUAUAAAUAUAACAUAACAGUUACAGAUCGAGAGAGAAAGAGAAAGAAAGAGAGAAGUAUCACCGUGUCUCGUACACGUUUAUAUCCACCUCUAUCCUAUAGAUUAUUUUUUCAUAUAAUAAUAUUUUUAUUUUAUACACAAAUUUUUAAUAUU